AUUGAAGUGUUGUAUUUUGCAAAAAGUGCUGAAAUAACUGGAGUUCGUUCAGAGACCAUUUCUGUACCCCAAGAAAUCAAGGCGUUGCAGCUGUGGAAGGAGUUAGAGACACUACAUCCCGGACUGUUUCUCUUUCAGAUUGGCUGAUGUUAGAAAUCAGGUGAUAUUUGCUGUUCGUCAAGAGUAUGUCGAGCUUGGAGAUCAGCAACUCCUGCUUCAGCCCGGAGACGAAAUUGCCAUUAUCCCCCCAAUUAGUGGAGGAUAGUGCAUCGGAGCCAUCUAGAAAAAGUGGACAUGGAAACCACAUAAAAGUGGAAUGUGUUGCUUCUGAUAUUCUUGCUGAGGGCUGCUGCUGUCUUGUUUCUAGGGAAGAUGUGGACGAGGUUGAAGAGAAACCUAAGGACAUAAUACAGUUCAGUGCCAAGAAGCUCUCAGUGGAUGAAGUCUCACAGUUGGUGAUCUCCCUGCUGUGUGGUGCGGUGUCUCUCUUUGUAGGGACUACAAGAAAUAACUUUGAAGGCAAAAAAGUCAUUAGUUUAGAAUAUGAAGCAUAUCUACCGAUGGCAGAAAAUGAAAUCAGAAAAAUUUGUAGUGACAUAAGGCAGAAAUGGCCAGUCAGACACAUUGCGGUGUUCCAUCGACUUGGUUUGGUUCCAGUGUCAGAAGCAAGCACAAUUAUUGCUGUGUCCUCAGCUCAUAGAGCCGCAUCCCUUGAAGCUGUGAGCUAUGCCAUUGACUCUUUGAAAGCCAAGGUGCCCAUAUGGAAAAAGGAAAUAUAUGAAGAAUCAGCAUCAUCUUGGAAAAGAAACAAAGAAUGUUUCUGGGCAGCUGGUGAUUAGUCACUUGAUUUUUUGGUACUCUAAGUCUUAAAUGUGGUAAAUAAUCUUAGGUUAUGCCAAUGGAGGAAUAGCAGAAUGCAUGAGUGUGUGAGAUGAGGAGCUGUCUAAAGAUGGGAAAAAAUGGCUUACUUUAAAUAUGAGAUAAGGUGUCUGUGCUAGAGCAUCCUUCAGUGACUAACUCCUAAUUGUAGUCAACUCACAAUGAGCUCUGGCCUUCCUUCUACAGUCAAUUGUCCCAGGAAGACCUCUCUGUCCCACAGUGUAUUGACAGCCUUGUUGUUAAGCAUGUAUUACAAAAAAUUGGCAGGAUCAGAAAGUCAUUGUCAGUUUUGAUAAUAUAUAUUUUACGUAACCUAAAAGUGAAGCUAAACAAAUCAUGAUUCAAACAGCUUAAAAGUAGAUCUUGUUUGUUUAUAGUCAUCGAUAAUACCUAAGAAAUUUUAUAUCACAGAGACUGCUAUGACUUCAGAAUCUAUAAUUAUACAAUAAAGCUUUUUAUAUUUCAUUAGUUAUCAGUAUUCUUAUGUCUGUACAAACUAGCAUAAAAUUGUUGUAAAACUAACUAGUAGCAAAGAGGUUUGCAUUAAUAUGGUGUCUGAUGUUUAAAAGUUGGCUCACAACUAUUUAGAGAGAUUAUGUAAUAAUUUAUUAAAGUAAUUUGGAUAGUUUUCAUAAUGUUUAUAUAACAUUAGCCUAUGUGAAGUUAUUACUAAAGAAAUUAAAUUUUCUGCAAGAUUAUUAUACCAAACAUCUAGUUUUUGAUUGAUCAAGCUGUCAUGGCAGGUUUGAGUGUAAAAGUCUCAGACAAUUUGUUUUGAAUUUUUUGGCUUUAUUGACUUAUAGUUGACAAGAAAAAUAUAGUUAAGUUCUAUAAUGUGGUGUUAAGAUGCUUGUGUUGUAAUGGAAUCAUCACAACCCAAAUGAAUAACACAUAUGUCACUUCAUAUAGGUUCAAUGUGGGUGGGAGCUUAAGGAGCAUUCUGAGCUCAUAAAGAAUUAAAAUAUCAACAUAAUUGGAUAAUUGACAUCAUCAUAGAAUUAGGAACAUUUAUACUAAGAAUAAAAACUACUUGUAAACACUUA